GGAAAACGCUCAAUGAGAGAGGUAGAGUAGAACGUUAAAAUUAUUACACUCUCAUUGAUAGUUUCACAUUGCCACGAGCCUUCUUUCCUUGAAUGAUAUCAACUUAUUUUAUUCUGGAUUUUCUUUUUCUUUUUGUUGAUUUUUUAGCCAUUUUCUUUUUUUUGUGUUAUGGCUCCAUCGUUCGCCAAAACGAUGAUUUUGCCAAUGUCAAUGUUGAAAUCAACACAGUACUUACCUAUAGUAUUAUGUAUUUUGUUCUUUACAUUUUUUUAAAGCUUGCAUGUAAGUAUCUAGAAUUCCAUCUGUUCUGUUCCGUGCUGUACGGAGUACAUGGUUUCGUACUGUUGUGUGACAUAUGUCACUGUCACAAAGAGUAAAUCAAAAAGCAACAUCACAUCUUGUUUUCAGUUUUCAUUAUAUUUUGUUUGUUACCUCUAUUAAAAAUAUAUUGGUACUGUAUGGGACGCUAAAUAAAACAUUAGAUAAUUUAUUCUAUUUAUUGACAUCAUUAAAAAUGAGGCGUCGAGCUGGAGUGGGUGCAAUACAAAAACAAAAACUGGAGCAGGAAAAAUACAAAGAAAAGGGAUCCGAGAUCCAGGAAAACCAGUUCCAGCAAAUGUCAAAACAGCUGGAGGUAUUCAGGGAGAAUCUGGAAGAAUUCGCUACUAAACAUAAGAACGAAAUAAAGAAGAAUGCUCAAUUUAGGAGACAGUUCCAGGAGAUGUGCGCGGCAAUUGGAGUCGAUCCCUUGGCCUCAGGAAAGGGGUUUUGGUCUGUUUUAGGGAUAGGAGAUUUCUAUUACGAAUUGGGAGUGCAAAUUGUGGAAGUAUGUUUAGCUACUAACUACAAGAAUGGCGGCCUUAUAACACUAGAGGAAUUACGGACGAGACUCAUAGCAGCCAGAGGGAAAGCAAAGAAACACCAGGAAAUCACCAAUGAAGAUCUGUUGGCUGCUGUAAAGAAGUUGAAGAUUUUUGGAAAUGGGUUUACUGUGGUUCCCAUAGGCAAAGGCAAAUGGCUAGUUCAGUCUGUGCCAGGCGAGCUGAACUUAGACCAAACAUUGGUGCUGCAAAAGGCUAGUUCAUUGGGCACUGCAUGGGUCUCGUCGACCAUCCUUAUUGGUGACUUAGGAUGGACCGAUACCCGAGCAGAAAGUGCCCUGAACCACAUGGUCCGGGAAGGGCUGGCCUGGGUGGACACUCAGGAUCCCAGGGAGACGCUGUACUGGUUCCCGAGCAUGUUCGCAGAGUGUGUCUCUGCUUCCUAGUACUGAGGUUGCAUUUUAAGUUUAUUUUAUACUAUUGACCAUAUAUGUUCAAGAAUCCAGUGUAUUGACUUGCAUUACUAUGAAAUGCGCACUGUCGUGUAAAGGGGUGGGGCGUAUUUAUUUCGUAUUUCGUUUUCCGCUUCCCUGCUCCGUUUGCCUCAGCCCCGCGUAUCGUUACCCAACAACUAAAUGGAAAUUACACUUGAAUUUUGACAAAAGUUGCACUUACUUUUUUGUACUGUUUUGAUAUCAAAAUUUACUGCAAUAUAUGUUGAAGUCGAGUUCUAACAUGACCUUAAUCAUUUAUGAAUUUGGAUGUGAAAUUUACGAGAUAAAGGAUGAGAGCUUCUAUAGAUUUUGUUGCCCAAGGAAUUGAAAAAUUAUUCCGAAAACUAAAUAUUAUAAAAUCUAAAUUUUCAUCUACUAAAUAUAUGUAUAUUCUGUGAUCAAAUACGAAAAAAUGUAAAUAACAUAACAUAGUUUAUACUGUAUGUAAUACUGUAAAUAACAUGAAUAAUUGAUAUUGCA